AUGGUGUCCUCCGAUGCUGACGCGCCGAGCAACCCUCCAACACCUUCACCAUUCAACUAUAUCCUCUCUUUCCUGCUAGUUGGCAUUUGCUGGGGUUUCACGACCCCUUUUAUCCGAAAAGCUGCUGUGAAUUACACGGCACCAUCACACCCGUCCAUCACAGAUCCAAACAGAUCGUGGAUCUCAAGGCAGAUAGCCAAAGCCUUCUACACGGUGAUUGGCCUUUUAAAGAGCCCCGGCUAUGCAGUUCCGCUCGUUAUGAACCUGACCGGGAGUAUAUGGUUCUUUCUCCUGGUCGGCCAAGCCGAGCUCUCCCUUACAGUGCCCAUCACUAAUUCACUGGCAUUCCUGUUUACAGUUCUCGGCGAAUGGUAUGCCGAAGGCAAACUUAUUUCCAGAGAUACCUGGAUAGGAAUGAUUCUGGUGUGCGUGGGAAUAGGACUUUGCGUCUGGUCCAAGAGUUGA